GUGCCGGAUUUUUAUGCCGCCACCGGCUGUAACAUGGCAUCGGUGUUGCUGCAGCGCUCCGGCGCAAUUGCAAGAGCGAUUCGUUCAGUCACGGCUCGCAAGUACACCUUGCCCGCGUGCAGUUCACUAGUUGCGUCAAAUGACACGACAUCCAACCGUUUGCAAUUGUUCCCGCGGCUGCGCUGCCAUUCAACCACUGCGGGGUUUGACGGCGGGAGUGUUGUCGAGGCGGUGACGGGAGAGCAGCCAGGCCCAUCGGAUUUAGAUCCUGAUGACCAGGAACUACCAGAGGCAGCAGGCCCCGGUCCGGGGAGCCUUCGAGCGGGCACGGCGGCCCAGCAGCCCCUGCCCGGCGGGCUCUACGUGAUUCCCACGCCCAUCGGCAACCUGCAGGACAUCACGCUGCGGGCGGCUGACACGCUGCGACGUGUUCACCUACUCUUGGCUGAGGACACGCGGCACACGCGCAAGCUACUCAACUUCUUGGGCAUCCGCAACGUGGAGCUCAUGAGCUGUCACGAGCACAAUGAGAAGCUGCGGCUGAGCCGCGUGCUGCAGCGGCUGGAGGCGGGCGAGCCGGUGGGGCUGGUGAGCGAUGCGGGCAUGCCCGGCAUCUCCGACCCAGGGGCGGUGGUCAUCGCGGCGGCGGUGGCGGCGGGCGUGAACGUGGUGGCGCUGCCGGGCCCCUGCGCCUUCGUGACGGCGCUGGUGGGCUCGGGGCUGGCCACAGACGCCUUCAGCUUCGUGGGCUUCCUGCCUCCCAAGUCGGGCGCGCGGCGGCGCGUGCUAGACUCGCUGGCAGCGGUGCCGGGCACACUCAUCAUGUACGCCCCGCCGCACGGUCUGGCGGCGGUGCUAGCAGACUGCGUGGCGGUGCUGGGGCCGAGCCGGCGGUGCUGCGUGGCGCGGGAGAUCAGCAAGCUGCACGAGGAGUACUUCAGGUCGACGCUGGAGGGAGCUGCCAAGGAGUUCGGGGAGGUACGGGAAGCCAGGGGUGAGAUCGUGCUAUUGGUGGAGGGAGCAGACGCAGCAGCGGCGACGGCAGGCGGCGCAGCAGGCUCAGGGGCAGGCGGGGCGACAGGCGGCGGCGGCGGUGAGGGCGGCGGUGCGCCAGCUGUGGAGCGAGUGCUCCGGGAGCUGCUGGCGGCGGGGACGCCUGUGUCCAGCGCCGUCAAAGAGGUGGUCGCGAACCUGGGAGCCAACAAGAAGGCCGCGUACGCACUGGCGCUCCGGCUGAGCGCCGAGGUGCAGCAGCCUGACAAGGAGACGCGGUAGCUAGUGGCGGUGGUAGCAGCUGUGGUAGUGGCUGUGGCAGUGACAGUGGCGGUAGCGGUAGCGAUGGAGAUUGGAGACAAUGGAGCUGGCUGGUAAAAGCGGCAGCAGUGGCUGGGGCUGUAGCUCGGAGCAACACCACCAACUUGGGUGUUUGGGAGUAUCGAGCAGGGUAUCGAGCGCUUGGGAUAAGGCCAUAAGGGAUGGUCCCUCUGCUGACUGGGUACCCCUUUGUAAGGUCA